ACUUUUUCAUUGGAACUAUUAAUAAACCAUCCACAUAAUCUUAUUGAUUAUAACCAAUAGAAUAACGAUUUAUUUGACUGUAGCGCUUAACUAUAAUUCAUAUAUAUAUAUAUCUCAUUUCGAGAUUUUAUAUUUUUAAUUUUGUUUUGUUGUGAAUUCUAAAAGAAAAUUUUUUAGUAAUGAACUCAUCAGGAUUAACUAAAGAUCUUCGUAUUUGUGAUGAUUAUCUUCAAUUUCAAAAUCAUUUAAAAGAUUUAAGAAAAUUAGAUGAUUUAAUAAUAAGUACACUUAAUACAACUGUUCUUACAGCUACAUUUCGAUCUCAAGGUUCUGAUGCAGCAAAACAAUGCCAACAACUUGGUGAUCAAAUUGCUUCACGUACAAAUUAUCGUAGUGAAUUGAUUUCUUCAUGUUUAUCACAUACAAAUGAUUUAAUGGCACAAAAUGAGACAAAUGAUAAUCGUCGUAAAGCAUUAAUUUUUCAACGACGACAAUUACAAAACGAACGAAAUGUUGAAGAAAUUGUUCGAACAAAUACUGAAAAAGCAUUUUAUGAACGUUGUCGAGAUUAUUAUACACCUGCGAAAUUUUGA